GUUAGAGCGCCCACGGAUAGUAAGCUAUCUUGUUCAUGUCAUCGUCGAAGCAAGUUCUAUGACUUCACCGGUUCAUUUUGACCAGUAGGUGGUCCUUUUCCACAUGAUGCAUCUCGACACUUUCCUGGGCUCAAGACGGGUGACCUGGCAGUGGUUGGCCAGUGUCAGAGAAUGAAGUGGACGGUGUGGACACUGCUGAGCAGAUGCACUGUCGCCAGCUUUCUGGCAAUUCCUUCUGUCAGGACAGAGGCCAGUAAACAAACAGAGGCUCAAUCGCCCAUUCGAGAAUUCCGCGAUCCUGCAGGGCGGCUCUUCCGCCUGAACUUGAACACAGGUGCAACAGAGUGGGACAGCAAUGAUCCCACGCAUCUCAAGGCCCAAGGCCAAGAACCAGCUCGGGAAGGCCCGCCUCGGGUCACGGUACAGGCAGGAUUGAAAGAAGACAAGGCAGAUGUGAUGGAGAAGAGGACCGAUCUCUUUAAUCCACAGAUCGCCGGCUCCACCAAGGACACCCAGCCCCACGCAAGUGCGGCGGUCCCUCCGCGCGGUGUGACACCGCUGCAGGACAUGCCUCCUUCAAGGCCUGCGAGGAUGCCUUCCGCUAGUAGGGCGACCAAGACGUUUUCGGAAGUGGUGACUUCGGGAAGCCACCCGACCAGUGGCAGAAGUCAAAGGUCAAAGUUUGGCUUUGGCCGUGGCCGUGGGUUGGAUGAUUGGCUCGGCUGGGGCGAAACUGCGGAUCCUAUCGCGGAAGAAGUUCGUGAAGACUUGGCAACGGAUUUGCGGCCCAGCCCCUGGCAAUCCCCAGGCUUUCCGCAAGGGAUUCCAAAACUGGGAGCUCAGAGCCUGGAGGCAAAAAGGCACCAAAAAGCAGACUUCAAGCAUGUCCAGAAGGAUGCAGGGACUACGGCCAAGAAACUCAGCACAGAGGCAGCCCAUUUUGGUCGCAGCCGUCCAUAUCUUAGAUUCAAUUCGGAAGUAAGGCAGUUUGCAAUACUUCGACCUGGAGCUGGUCACUUUUUGCCAUUGAAAGCCAGGUGAAAGACUAAUGGGACUACUGCAGCGAAGAUUUGUCAUUGGUGAUGUUGGAAUGACAUUGAUGCACGGGGGACGGCUGAGGCUCAGAACGUGUCCAUCCUUCAGAACUGUCCAAGGUGAAAUCUGCUUCCAGGGUGCGUGAUUUGGCAUGGGCGAGGGCACAGAAAUUGAGGGGUCGCGAGACCAAACCUUCCAGCGAGCCACUGGUGAGACCUGGAGCUGUUCGCUCUGCGGAUGGAGAUGUGAAUGCAAAUGAUCAAGAGCUGCUUAAAAAAGGCAAGGAUCUAUUAGCCAAGCUUGAGCGACAGGGGCUUGAUGCGGCACUUCUCAGGCAAGCAGGAAUAACUGGAUGAUGCCAACAGACGCUCUAGGCGUGCUGUUUUCAGCCGCACUUCUGCAUGCGGAGGGCAAAACAAAGUGGACAAUUUGCAUACCCCCACCUUGGUCAAACUGAGACGUACUCAGAAGGACCUCACCAUUGCCCACCUUCUCAUCCCUUCCGC